AAUACCGUUACAAACAAUUGCGCUAGACGAAGAAAAGCCAAAAGUCUUGGCAUUAAAGUCUACUAUAUCCUCUGAAGAUAAGUUGGAUUACUUUGUCGAAGGUAUUUCGUUUUAAGUUUAUUUAAAAAAAAUCGAUUACCCUAACAUUACUUAUAUAAUAUACACAUGAACAUAUUUCAUAGGUGUCCCGGAUACUGACACUGACACACAGAUCGCGAGCGGCAUGUCUGUGCCAACCUCAGCUGAACCUAGAGAAGCGCAAAAAGAGAUACCGUUGCAAACAAUUGAGCUGGACAAGGAAAAUCCAAAAAUCUUGACCUUACAUUCUACCAUAUCCUCUGCAGAACAGUUGAAAAUUGUGACUGAUUAUUUUGACAACGCUGCUGACAUAUUGGAGAACGCAACUGCAACAUGUUUAGCCGAGACAACCAAAGUUACAACCCACGACACUCAAGGACCCCGAAUCGAAAAAAUUGGUCCAUUAUACAACGACAAUACGAAACAUAUACACGCUAAUGUACUUCUUGUGAUGAAAAACACAUAUACGGACGAACAGUGGAAAUUAUUUAAAAAGGCGUAUAAAGGCGUCAACGAGCUUUGUACAUGA